AUGUCGAGGUCGUUAUUCAGUUGCUAUGGAACCCUUAUGAACCCGCGUAUUGCACUAAUGGUGUUGAAAGGGGAUGAAAGUGGAAACCCGGACCAACUAGAGUUUACGGAUGCCGUCUUAAAGAGCUAUCGACGGUGCAUGCUUAAGAACGCAAAGUAUCCCGCAGUAUUUGCGAGUGAGGGUCAUUCCGUAGAAGGAGUACUGAUCAGGAACCUCAGAGACUCCGAUCUGCAAUUUUUGGAUUGGUAUGAAGGAAGUCAAUUCGAGCGAAGGCCCGCCAACGUGGAAUGCGACGGUACUACUGUGGAAACGGAAUUUUACCUUUGGGUUGCAGCAAAUGAUGAAUUGCUGGAGAAUGACUGGGACGAUAGUUGGAUGAAUGACCCGGCCAUAGUCAAGGCCUACAUGAAGGAAGAACUAGAGUCUUUGGAAGAUGAGCCAUGA